AAUCCCGAUUGUGAAAAUUCUCAAUAUAUCUAGGAUUUCAGUUAUUUUUUGGAAGUUAUAAAACCGAUACUGCAAGGAGUGAAUUAUAAUUUGAAAGCUAAACCUUUGCAAAAUUUGACGUGCUCGGAUUACAAUUUUAAGAGUAGUUCCUUCUUGAUCCUCUUAAAUCUGGCUUCCAUUACCUCCACUAUACUGAAAUGGCCCUCGUCAAAGUGACUAAAGACUUAAUCUAUGCCGGAUCUCAAGGUAAUUUCUGUCUUAAUUCUCCUCGACCUCUGUGCUGCUUUUAAUACUCAUGGCCACUCUUAUCUUUUUCAAAUCCUCCACAACCUUGGACUCUGUGAAACUGUGCUUUCCUGGUUUUCAUCCUAAAAAGCAUUAGGAUCCUGUAAAGUAGUAUUUGUAUAAGUAUAUUUCAAUAUUCGCAUUCUGCUAGUGUUCUCAAGAAUGAUGAUAACCCACAUGUAAACCUUGUCUGGAGUUUGAGGAACUUGUAUAGUCAAAUAACAGAACUGCACUUACUUGGAUAUGACUCUUAUCUUACUUAAAUUGACACUAUAAUUACCAAAACAACUUUAGCUUAAUAAAGCAGUAUUGGUGUAUAGAUAUUGGUGUAUAGAUCAUUCCCCUGAAGUCUCACUGUUCAAUUAUCUGGCAUUUAGGAGUUAAAUCACUUUGUUUAUACAGCCUUAGUCACACCUCUCUGCAUGUGACUUGCAUAGCCUUCCUAAACACUUCCUGUAAACAGUCAUCUAAUGUUUACAUUUCCUUUAUUGCAAUUCUGCUUUAAUUAGCAUUUCUUAUCUCCUGCUCUGUUAAUAGAUUGCUCUACCCAGAGUAGCUUCCUGUGAGUAAUUAAAGUUCAAUUUACAAAAUAGGAGAUAAAAACUUUUAAAGUAAAUUACAUCUGAUUGAAAAUUAAACCAUUUUGUUUUCAUGCAGACUAUGCGAUCACAGCCAGGGAGGUGUGGCUAGGGCUGCAUAAACAGAAUCAAAAGUUAUUUAACUCCUAAACGGCAGUGAAUUGAGCAGUGAACCUUCAGAGGCAUGAUCUCCACACCAAAACUGCCUCAUUAAGCUUAAGUUGUUUUGGUGACUAUAGUGUCCCUUUAAUAGGGAUGUGAUUUGAUAAUUUGGUGCUAUUUCUAAACCUAAUUCUACCUCUAACACCAAGGUUAUGCCUAACCAUAAAACGACUAAUGCUAACCCUUCCUUUAACAGGAACCCUAUGACUAACUCUAACCCUACCAUAGGCAUACCCUCUCUGGCAUCACUACUGAUAUCAGUAGAGACAUUUCUCUGUGAGCCAUCUGUACUGUGUGAUUGCAGCAUAACAGGGAGAUCUCCGUCUAAUGCUGUAGCUCCUGCAUUCACACAGUGAUUAGUACCCAACACUGAUGACUGUUGACAGGGAGACCUUACCAGGAUUUUUUUCAGACCAUGGAGGUCUUAGUCUGUAUCCUUCAAGCCAAGAAUCCUCUAGAAUUAUGAACAAAUAAUGUAGUUGUACAGCAGCUGUGAUUUAAAGGGCUGAGUGCAGCCAUGGUGAAUUAAAGGGCUGUAUGCAGCUUUCACUUGUGUAAAAGCCCUUCCCUGCAUGAUAGUAUAGAUUAUCAUGUGGUCCUUGAAGGGCUUCAUUUUAAUUAUUGUUUUUCUUUAGAAUACUGCCACUGCCCUUUUCAAAAUUAUAAAAAUACAUAAAAGCUAUUAAACUUGGCUGUCUGUGUUCUCUGACAAAUGUAAACAUUGCCAUACAUCUAAUGUUUUGCAUUGUCAGAGAAAAGAGACAGGUUCUGUGCACCAAAACCAGUACAUUAAAGGAACUCUCCAGGCACCCAGACCACUUCUGCCCAUUGGAGUGGUCUGGGUGCCAAUUCCCAUCAUCCUUAACCAUGCAAGUGUAAUUAUUGCAGUUUUGAUAAGGGUCCUCUAGUAGCUGUUAUCAGCAACAUGGGUUUGGUGCUGCCCUAGGCAUGACUAAACCUGGGCACCCCCCUAAUCUAAUUUUAACCCACCCCUACUGGUCAAGGCCGCACCUUUUCCUGAUUAAGAACCCACCCCUUCCUCUUUAGACUCCACCCUUUUAAAGCGAUCCUAUAGUGCCAGGAAAGUUUUCCUGGCACUAUAGUUCCCUAUAGUGCCCCCUUACUCGGCACUGAAGGUUAAAACUCCUUCAGUCACUUACCUAAAUCCAGCGCCGAUCUCCCUCAGCGCUUCCUCAGGCUCUUACUCCGCGCUUGCAUUAUGCUUCCCCAUAGGAAAGCAUUGUAUCAUUUCUUUCCUAUGGUGAUUUACUUAGCAGAUACUGGAUGUCCUCAUAUACAGAGUGAGGACGUCCAGCAUCAGUUAGGCGACUUUUGGUUGCCUAACCACCCAGGAGGAGUUAACCCCUCAAGGUAAUUAUUGCAGUUUCUGAGAAACUGCAAUUAUUAAACUUGCAGGGUUAAAGGGGACACUGCACCCAGACCACUUCAAUAAGCUGAAGUGGUCUGGGUGUCUUUAGUGUUCUUUUAAGCACACACUCUGACAGGCAUACAUACAUUCACUAACAGACACACACUGGCAAAUACACACAAACACACACACACACUCAAUGACAAACACACAAACGUCACUGACAGACACAGACUCGCUGUUUUGAUACACACACAUUCCCCAACAGACACAGACUGGCAGAUAUGCACUGACAGUCACACACACACUCAACGACAAACACCGACUCAUUGAUCUGAUAUGCACUCAUUCAUUGAUAGACACACACAUGCACACUGACAGACACACUGAUAGUCAAACACAGACUCAAUGACAAACAGACUCUCGCUGAUUUGACAGACACUCAAACACACACUCAUAUGCACACACAUACUCACAGACAGAGACUCAUAUGCACACUCAUACACACACUCAGUCAGUCACACUCAUACACUCACAGAAACACACACUCACUAAUUAUUAUUAUAAUAAUACAUUUGUUUUACCCAGCCUUCCUACCUGUUGAGGGUCCAGUGGGGCUGCUGUGAGGUGUAUGGCUGUAUUGACAUGCGAGGCGGCGAGGGAGCUGUCACCUCCCCGCUCUGCUCCUUCGCGGUCCAUCUACUGAAGCCAGGAGCCGGAAUAUGACGUCAUAUUCCGGCUCCUGCGCCAUCAGCAAACGGCGGGCAAGGGAACAGAGCUAAAUACGCCACUGGUGGGAGGGAGGGGGGCACUGCAGGAUCCUGCAGUGCCAGGAAAACAGGUUUGUUUUCCCUUUAAGAUAAGGUAUAUAGCUUGUCCAUUUAACAAGUGACAAAUUCCUAUCUUGAAAUGUUUACAUUAAUUCUAAACUUUGUGACAGAUUGCUAUUGAACAAUAUGGCAUAGGUGUAACAAUUGAUAAUUAAUGUUUAAAAGUGCACUCGAAGCACCAUUACCUACAUCUCAGUGUAGUGGUUAUAGUGCAGAGAGGCUAUUGGUCCUAUCUCAUGUUUUGGAAGGGGGGAGGCGGUUCUAGCUAUUUUGGAAUCAGUUUUCUAUAAAUACAAAACCAAAAAAAAGGGUCCUCUCUGGUAGAUGCAGCCAGACCCUCUCUAUCAGCAGUGGUAAUGCAAAAUGUAUACUUCAUAUAACCAGUAUCAAUGCUGUUCAACCCAGGUGCAGUGAUAGAUUUGGAUCAUUUAUCUAACUUGUGUUGAUUGGACAUAAAUUAUUGGUAAUGAAGGAUACAUUUGGAAUUAACAUUGUGGCUAAUGAGGGGCCAGGCCUAUGGUUACUAGGAAAGGCCUUGGGUUUUGCUCUAAUGCUGUGAUUAUGGUGUGCAGAGUGCGCCUUUAAAUUAUAAUUUUGGAACUGCUAUUUUACAUUUAUUUCUACAUAUCAAUCUAAGUUCAAGUGCCUUACAGUGUAUUUUAAACUGUCUUAGUCUUGCCUCCCCUUUAGACACCUUAUAUUAAUAAAUGUGGGGCAUUCUAGUGACACUCUCUUUGAGAGAAGCGGGACACUGUUUUUAUGAAAUGUCCCUGAGAAAGGACGCACUGUGAACAAGUUUAAGAGCCAUAAGAAAUCAGGCUUUUAUUCAACCAUAACACCAAAACACCAGAACACCAAAAUAUCUACUUACGUAAGCAAGCAAAUAAAUGAACACAUCUCUAGUGUAAAAUGUAUCCAGACUUGAAGUGAAAAUUAAAUAGACAGACAAUAUUAGAACCACCCACAAGUAAAAACAGUACAGAUUAGAUUGCAGAUUGACAGGAACCGAUAAGGGAAUUUCAACAAUUAGUUCAAAAUAGAUGCGUUGGAAACUAGCUGAGCUGUAUAGUAUUUCCCAAAUUUUGAUUUCUCUUGUUCGUUCCCAAAAAUGCAGGAUUAGUGAAUAACUCUGGCAAUCCUUCUUGUAGAAGUGAUGCAGUGAAUUUAGUGAUGGCAGAAUCAUAUGCAAUUUAGGAUUUAGAAUCUGAUGCAGCUUUGUGAAACUUCAUGUAGUUCUUUAGGUAAAACCUAUCAAAUAGUUUCUUUCAUGGCUGGAUUGAACUAGUUUAUCCCAUGGCUUCACCCAGUCAUGGUCCAUUGAAUGGGCACACUAAGUAACCGCUACUGCUGAAUGUUGUGGUGCAUGGAGUUUUUGGGUAGUAUCCCAUGUUCUUUGUCAAUUUGUUUUUUGAGCUGUUUGACAAAACCAGACUGGUCCCAUUACACAGAGCCUAGGUCUUUGGCUGCCGCUAAAUUCAAAGCCAUUCAACCAGUGAUAGAUUGUGAACACUAGGCAAAUCGAAUCUAUUUCUUAAAGCCGAUUCUUGCCUCCUGAGGUUGGACAGCUUUGAACAGUAAACAAACACAUAUCUGGAGGUGAGAAAAACUUUGUGUGCAAGAUGAACCCUAGUUUUUUGUUUAAAUAGACACUAUAGUCACCAGAACAACUACAGCUCAUUGCAUUUGUUCUGGUGAGUAGAAUCAUACCCUUCAGGCUUUUUGCUGUAAACACUGUCUUUUCAGAGAAAAUGCAGUGCUUACAUUACAGCCUAGUGAUAACUUCACUGGCCACUCCUCAGAUGGCUGCUAGAGCUGCUUUCUAUCUCAGUCUUGCCUAGUGUGCAUCACAACAUAUCAGUAUCUCCUCCAAUCAUUGAUUCAGUUCAUCUCUAUGAGGAGAUGCUGAUUAGCCAGGGCUGUGUUUCACUUGUGCUGACUCUGCCUCUUUGUUAGUCUCAGCCAAUCCUAUGGGGAAGCACUGUGAUUGCUCAGAACAACACUUCUUUUGAUGUCAGCAGACAGCUUGCUAUUCUGAGGCAGGCAGGGGCAGAGCCAGCAGCUUCAGGCUUGAAUACAAGUAAGAUUUUACUAUAUUUAGGGAGCGUUAGAUGGUGGUUUUAACACUAUAGUGUCAGAAAUAUAUGUUUGUAUUUCUGACCCUAUAGUGCUCCUUUAACCACUUGAAAAUGGUUUGACAGAAAAUGGGUGGAUGGCACCAAAAAGACCCAUUUAACAACAAUCAGUAGUUUAACCUGUAGUGGUAAUGGUUCUUGGUUCCCUUAUUCAGAACUUCUCCAGGGUGCACACAUUUUGAAUUUAACAAGACUACCGAAGAUCACUGGAAAGCUACCUCCAGACAGCAUACUAGCUGCAGUUAAUGAAGCAUUGUCCACAAUCCCAACCUGCACCAUCACAGAGACCAACGGGCUCAUAUAUGCCACAGCAUUAGUGGUCCUACAGUUACUUGACUACAAGAUCAGGCUCAAAGAGAAGCAAUGCCCACCAUAGAGCCUACGACUGGAAGCCAAGAUAAAGACAGCACGGAAGGAAGUUAGUAAGCCGGAUCAAUUUAACAGAGGUGGAAAGAUCAAAGAUAGAACCUGGGUGCUGCGGAAGUACAAGAAUAUGCCCAUACAGAGGUGCUGGAAACAGCUAAGUACUGGCAGCUUAGCAACCAGACUGAGCAGAUACACAAAAGAAGCAGAAGGCCCCAGCAGAGGUGAGCGCACACCCAGGUUUCUUACUAUCAGGCAAGAUCCAGUGAGCAGCAGAAGCAAUGACGAUGGAGGAAGCAACUGUUUCAAUCUGCUCUGGGUGUAGCGUUGGGUCUGCAGCACAGGAAGGAGCCCUCCCCAGUGGCGGCUGUGUGUCUGGGUAGCAAGGAGAAUAGGAUCUAUUUGGGGGGAUGGAAGGAGUUCUUUGGAAGAGAAAUAUGGCCACCUAUUAGGAGGAGGCAGGAGGUUAAUUGGCAGGGAAUGUACCAAUCCAAAUCAGGAAGGGAGAUAGUGAGUGGGAAAGUAAAUAUGGCAAAAUCUAAUUUGGGGACGGAGAAGGUUCAUAGACAGGCAAAUGUGGCAAAAUGUACUUUGGGCAAAGAGAGGGUUUAUUGUAAGGGAAAUUAGGCAGUCUAAAUUGUGGAAGGAAAAGGUGAACUGGCAUUAAGGAUGUAGGACUCUAGAGUUGUUUAUUUGGCAGUGGGGAAUUAGAAGUUAAUUGUUUGGAGUGGUAGGGGGCCAUAGAAGUCUUGCACCCGAGCCCUUAGUUCCACUAUUGGUAUAGUGUGUGUUUUGAAAUUAGUUUGUUUAUUUAAGUCCUGUUUAAACCCAUUUCCACUUAUAUAGAGAGCUAGUAGUCGCCUAAAUAUUCUGUAAACCCACACCCCUCAAACGUUUUGCCACUUGAAUAGUUUGGAGCCAUGGGAAAGGAAAAAGCAUCAGAGAUGCCUGCAAUUAUACUUGGUCCACACGUAAUUCUGUUUCAUUUCUUUAAUGGAUUGAGAAAAGUUCAGAAAGGAAUCAUGUUUCUGUGAGAGAGAGAAGUGCAAGGUGGGAGGAUGGCAAACUCAGUGGAAACUGAAAGGAACUUAACUUUACAGGAGGGGUAGUAGGUUCAUGGAAAAUCUCCCAACGGCAGGAAAAGCAGUUAUAGAAUUUACCAAGAUGGAUACAUUGAUGGACAUCUACGUCUUCUAAGAAUGUAUCUCUUCCUCACUACAUCCCUUGCUUUCUUAUCACUCAUUUGUUUUUUUUCUUUUCAGUCUCCACCCAUACCCUUCUGCAGUUUGUGUUUUUCAUUUUAGAUUGUAAUCUCAUUUGUGUAGGGCCCUCUUCACCUACUGUUUCAGUAAGUCAGACAUGUUUUGUUAAAAUUUAGUGUUUGGUUUGUUUACCUAUUGUACAGCGCUGUGGAAUAUGUUGUAUUUCAUGAUCUUCUUUGAUUCACCUUGCGUUGUUUUUUGUGCCCUAUUAUUUUACUUGCUGUGUAAGUAUCACCAGGCAAUGCUUGCUUUGGAUACUGUAAAGAGACAGCUUGCCACGACUGUCCUGAUAUAAAAGGAUUUUAUGCCAUACCCCCUUGUCGCCACACCAGGGGGUUAAAUUGACAGGAGCAUAAAAACUGCAUUUAAUUUUUGAUGCCCAAAACAGUGAUCUCAUUACCUGUCUUUUGUCUGCCAGCCUUUCUUGCCCAUGUGUCUUCCUGCCAGGAAUAGUUAUGCCGGGAGUGAGAUCAUGUGCUUUCUGUGUUUGUAGGAUAGAAUGUUAAACUGGAAAAAUUCCUGGGAAGCAAGGAGCCAUAAUAUUCUAAAUCAGACUAUCUGUGCUAAUAUUUUUGAAUGUUAUACAGCUCAGUACAAAUGCAUUUUCCUUGGCUCUAUACAAAUACAAUUUUUCUUGGCUUAUAUCUGUUUAAAUAUGGCAUGUGUAUUGCUUGCUUCAAAUUCUUGUUAAGUAGGCCACCCAAGUGCUAAAAUGUUACACCCAGCACGCACAAAUUAGUCAUGAUGCUUGUUUGAUAGUAUAUUUUUUGCAAGAGAUAACUGUUAAUUACUGUUAAUAGUAAAGCUAUUCAGCUGCUAACAAAUGCAAAAAUAGUACAUUACAGCUUACUCUAAUACCUUUUAACUUUUUCAAGUUUUUUCAGUGAAAAACCCAUUCAUUUUGUUUUUAAACUUACCUGUAAUCCAGCACCAGGCAAAACAUUUCAUGCCCUGCAUGUCAUCACUAAAAGCAGAAAUGGUCAAGAGGUUGGAGUAACCAUUUAAAUGUCAUAAAAUAAAUAUUUACAUGAGAUAUUAAUAAAUUACUUUGCUCUAGACAUUUUAAUGUUUAAUCUCAUAAUUUUCAAAAUACAUAUAUAUACACAUUUCAGUAUCUCCUAGUUUUCAUUUGAGAAGUCCCAUAACUGCUGCUAUUCAGCUUCAAUUGACUGUUACUGUUACGUUUCAUGUAAGUGCAUAUAGAACUUCACUGCUUUCAGCCAGACUGGUGGCUAUACUUCUAAACCACAUGAAACAAAGAUGUACUGAAAUGUUAUGUUAAGUUUUGUAUUAUAAAUUUUGUUUUGUUUAUUUCAGAAUGAAGUGCAGAACAUCAAGUUCAACAGCUCGGGACAAUGUGAUUUACCUCUAGUCCGGACAGACAAUCCCAAGAGUUGGUAUGAGGAUGUAGAAGGUUGUGGCAUCCAAUGUGAGAAUCCUCUCUUCACAAAGACGGAACACCGCGAGAUGCACGUCUACAUUGCCAUUUUCAGCUCGGUCACCAUUUUCUGCACAUUUUUCACAUUGGUUAGUCUUUGUCUGUUCAAAAAUAGAUGUAUAAAUUAAUAGUUUUAAGAAUACAAAACUGCAUUUUAAUGUAUCUCUGUUGCUUUGCAGUAUGUCAAAUUCAGAAGAAGGUGCAUAAGAUUAAGUAAUUCGGCAAUUAAGAAUCCUGCAAAAUGUGCAUUAUACAUACUGCAGGUCAAAUCUUUUCAUCUGUUUUUAUAAAUAUGACAAAAUUAUGUGUCCCUGAAAACAUGGUGAAUCUGAUAACCCUAAUUUUAUUGAUUAACCCUGCUAGAGAACAAUAAAAAAAACACAAAAUGUUUAUAUAUGUAUAAACCCGCCGCAAUCCCACCAUUCACGGAAGAUAAAAAAAGAUAAACAGGUUCUUGCUGUUGUGCAGUUUAACAAAUAACUGAAUAUUUGAUAAAAAAAGGAAGAGUGCAAUUUUAUUUACUAAUGAAUAUAACAUGUUCCUCUUUUCAAGGAUUCCUUUCACUUUUUUCACUAAUGAAUUAUGCUUACUAAACUCUAUGAAUAAAGUCUUUAACACACAGAGUGUAGGAGGAGUAAAUCACGUUUCCUAAUUAAAAUAUAUAAAAUUGAUGUCCAUUUGUUUUCAAUCAUCUCCUGGAAUACAUAAAUUACUAAAGGCUGAAGUUUUCUGUCUUCUCCCCCUUUUUUUAGGCCACCUUCGUCUCAGACUGGAAAAACUCUAACCGAUAUCCUGCAGUUAUCCUCUUCUAUGUGAAUGCUUGCUUUUUUGUGGGCAGUAUAGGAUGGCUUGCCCAGUUCAUGGAUGGUGCCCGUGAGGAUAUUGUGUGUCGUGGGGAUGGCACAAUGAGGCUGGGAGAGCCAACGUGAGUCCUUAUUGUUUGUUGGUGUCAGCACUGGUGGUGGCUUUUUUUUUUGCAUUUCUACAAUGGGGUGUUACAUGUCAAAGAUGUCUUUAUUUUUGUGUCCAUUAUUUUUGUACUUUCAUAAGUUAUGAAACUUUUUUUUUGUGAUUUUAUUUUUAAUCCUACAUAUCACCAUUAUUUUCUUUUCUAGGUCCAAUGAGACGCUGUCCUGUGUAAUUAUUUUUGUCAUAGUGUAUUAUUCCAUGAUGUCAGGCGUUAUUUGGUUUGUCAUGCUCACGUACGCCUGGCACACAUCCUUUAGGGCUCUGGGUACCACUCACCAGCCCCUCUCUGGGAAGACUUCCUAUUUUCAUCUUGUCACCUGGUCAAUCCCGUUCGUACUCACUGUCGCAAUACUCGCAGUUGCUCAGGUAACACAUCUCACGUCAUAUUGUCAAGUACAAUGUAUUAAUGCAGACAGAAGUAUAAAUAAGAUCAUGUAUAAUUCAGGGUGAUAUUUACCUCUAAGAUGACUUCUAAAAUGAAGUAGACAAUUUGUGCAAGACCCUUUAAAGACAAGUGUCAGUCUGUAAUUAUUUAGACAGGUACACAUUAACACAUAGUUACCUAGAAUCACACACACAAGAUGGUGGUUUGCCUUUAAGCCACAUCAUUGAUAUAUAGCUAAUGAUAAAUGAAAUUUACUAAUUGGGGAAUUCAACAUUUUAGAGAUUUUAUGAUAUCCUGUAUCUUGCAAUGGCAGCCAGCAUCUGAAAAAUAUGUUCUUUCUGGUUUGUUCAGUGCAGCCAUAAAGUUUGUCCUGCAACGUUUGCUGUAAAAUGUAGAAGAGGGAAUGCAUUGUUACUAAAUGGAGCCCUUCUCUGACCCAAACUUUUCCCCUUUAGCACUGGUUCAAAGGGGGGAAAGAUGUGUGACAUUUUAAAGUUUGCCCACAUGAACUUGUGAAGGAAAAGGGUUAAUUAUUGCAGGACUGAAAAAUAUGAUUUUGGAUGGAUCGACUUAGCCCAAUCAUUUUGUUACAUACUUCUUAAUGAGACAUUAUGUGUUUUAGUGCUGCACUGCACAUUUUUCAGCAGCUAUAAAGAGGGUGUGUUUGCACAGAACGGUGUAGAUGUUACGUAAAUCUUGGGGCAAACUAUGGUAUAUUUUUUUUGAGUGGUUUAGAAAUCUUGAACUUCCAUUUAACAGGUGGAUGGGGACUCUGUGAGUGGGAUCUGCUUUGUUGGAUAUAAGAACUAUCGUUAUAGAGCCGGCUUUGUCUUGGCUCCCAUCGGGCUUGUACUGAUCAUCGGUGGUUACUUCUUAAUACGAGGUGAGCUUUUCAACGUGAUCAGAGUCAUGUUUAAAAUAAAUAAAUAAAGCGCUGCAUUAUUAAACAUCAAAGAUGUCGCCUGAAAAAAAAAAAAUGUGAGCUACAAUUGUAUCUAUUUUAACUACCCCCAUUUGAUGAGCCUCCUCAGUGCUGGCUUUCUUAUUCAGACAAUUAUAUGAAGAGCCAAAUCUUAUUAAAAGUGAAAAAAUGUUGAUUUAAAUUGAUUUUAUAGCUUUGUGUUCUUUUCCCCUCAGCAUUAGAACACCGUCCCCAUCUUAUGAGUUCAUAAUGUACUAAGUUUACUUUAAGUAUAAAAAAUUUCCAAGGGAAAUUUGCUUUCAAAAAAGGGAGGACCUGCAGUUAAAAUAAUACAUAAGGUCCCUAAACACCACCCAGAUCUUCCCACAUCCCUUCUGGAACCUGAUGGUACUUCUUUGUAUGCAGCUUCUUAAAUAUGGCCACAAUCUAAAAAUAAUGUCUUAUUUAUGGGCUUGAAUCAAAAAAGGUUCCUGUAAGUGUGUGAGAGGAGCAAUGGUGUCAUUUACAGUCCCUCUGCAGAGCCCUGGUACAUAUUCAAUUUUUUCAGCAGCAUACAAACCAGCACUGAGGCAAACUGAACUUAUUAUCAGUGCUGGGAGGAUAUCAGUUUCAGUCUAACAUUCACAAUAACCAUGUUUAUUUCAAUAUGACACUUUUUUUUAUUUUAUUUUUUCAUUUAAAGGUGUAAUGACACUGUUUUCAAUCAAAAGCAAUCACCCAGGCCUCCUAAGCGAGAAGGCAGCAAGUAAAAUCAAUGAAACCAUGCUGCGAUUAGGUAAUGCACGUAUUUUUUUAUAUUUUGUUGGUUUGUGUCCUUACAAGAAUAAGUAUAGAGAACAGAGCAAAACAAAUAAUUUAUUUUCAUAUUUGCAAUGUGUUUUAAAGGGGCUAUAUAAGCUCCAUAAUUACUACAUCUAAUCUGCUCCCCUCAUCACUUUUAGCCAGUUUGGAUAAGUUUGCAAUUGUUAACCCAGAGUGCAGUUUCCUUAUUAUCAGAGGAACUGAACAGGGCUUGGACUAUGAAUGCCAGAGAGAGCUAUGAAUUUUGUUAAACCGCUCCAAGAAAGUAUAACAGUAAAACCAUGGGAUGGCAUUGUUAGACUCCAUAGCACUAUAACCUCUACAGUGUGCUGUAGUGGUUAUGGUGCUUUGCAUGUCCCUUUUAAUAAGUACAUUAUGUUUCCAGUGCACCAGUCGAAAAUAUUAGUGUUGUCUUACUGAAUUUGGUGCAAGAUAACAUAGAAUGAACUUUCGUUCAGACUCUUGGCAAAGUUGAGUAACCUAAGCUUUUUUUAAUACAAGAAGUGAAAAAGUGUGAGACUGUCAAUAUAUAUAACGAUGCAUCUGCUUUGUUCAGGAAUAUUUGGAUUCUUGGCAUUUGGCUUUGUGCUUAUCACCUUUACCUGCCAUUUCUACGAUUUCUUCAAUCAGGCUGAGUGGGAGAGAAGCUUCCGGGAAUAUGUUCUGUGAGUAGUGCUGUAAACGGAAUGAUCCAAAUUAAACACAUGGCUAAUAAUACCUGCAUGGAGCCUGGCUCUGUUUCUCUUAGAAUAAAUAAAAAAACUGAAUAAUUGGUAUGUCAUUUUAUUUUGUAACCGUUACAAAUGUAAUAUUAUGCUGCCGGUUAGUGUACAGUAACAUGGGUGAUGAUCUUUUCAAAACAUAUUUAUAUUUAUUCAUUAAAUUCUGAAUUUUAUCAAAUUAAAGUCCAAUUGGAAAAUUUGUCUGAAAUAGCUGUUAUAGAAAUAGUCUCCAACUUAACUUGUGAAUUUGAAUUUUAAGGCAAAAAUAGCUGAAUUGUAAAAAAUCCCUCAAGUCCGCUAACCUUUCAGUUUGGCUGCAUUAACCUUACAUUUUAAUUUCCUUUUUAAUUACUGAAUAACCCUGAAAGCGAAUUUUAGGCCACAGUAGCUGAAAUGGAAACGUUUUCACUGUUUUGGCCUACAAUUUGAGAGCAACUCUGGCACUUUUAACCUUGGCUUCUUUUAAAGUGGUUUAUUAAUACUUGUUUUUAUAGCAAAAUAAUUAGACACUUUAUAAACUCCAUACAAAAAGUGUUUUCAUAAAAUACUGUUUUUGAUUAGAGUAACUAUUACUGUGCAGGACCCCUUCCCCCCACCCAAAAUUAAAACAUAUAAUAAAUAUAAAGCUUACCUCUUGUCAAUCGCCAAAGCCAAGUUCCUCCUGAAGUCCGAUCCUUCUUUGCUGAUGUCACUCCGCCUUGUUGGUGGAGGAAGUAUGUCCAGGAGGGUAAUCUGAGGAUAGGAGAUGAAGGGGUGCUGUGUCACCAUUGGAUGGAUAUAUAAGGAUGCUGAAGUCAGAGGUCCAAUGUUCACAUAAUUAACAUAAGCCACACAGAAAUGUGGCUAAUGAUGCCCCAAUUACGCUGCCAGGUGGAGUUACAUUUUUCAUAGGCGGUGAUAAACUCUGUGUUUUCAGCAUUUCUUAGUAAAAUGCUGCAUAUACUGGAUCAAUGACCACUUCAAAUCACUGAAGUAUUCAUGGUGCUUGCAGUAAAUCUUUACGCUACCAUUACAAGGCUUGUUUUAAUGCUUUUUCUAUAUUUGUGUAGAUGUUUAGUAACGUCUAGUUCUUUUCUUUGUAGUGACAAUUUUCUUUGUAGUGUUUUGACCUUAAUUGGCUUCUUGACACCUUUGACAACUUUUGUCAUCCUCCAGCUGUGAAGCCAAUGUGACUAUCGCAGCCCAGACUAACAAGCCAAUCCCAGAAUGUGAAAUCAAGAACAAACCUAGCCUCCUGGUAGAAAAGAUCAAUCUGUUUGCUAUGUUUGGUACAGGCAUAGCCAUGAGUACAUGGGUGUGGACGAAGGCCACCAUUAUAAUCUGGAAGAGGGCAUGGUGCAGGUGAGACUUGAGAUUUAUAAAUGAGGCUAUAAAUACGAUAAAUAUGGGUGUUUGUGUGUGUGUGUAUGUGUGUGUGUGUGUGUGUGUGUGUAUAUAUAUAUAUAUAUAUAUAUAUAUACACACACACAUAUACAAAGAGCUAUAAAAUACAAGAAAUGUGUAAAUUAUGUACAUUUUAUUAAAUUUAAAAAUUUUAUAAAUCUGGUAUAACACAGUUGUGUCUUUUGACUAUAUUUUCUCUUCCUAUGAUGUAAAAUUGAAGAGACAUAUAAUAUAGAUCUACAGAAUUAUUUUAAAGGUUCUCAUGGUAACAUUUUGAUUGAACACCUCUACAAUACAUGAAAAGACAGCAAUUUUUUUAAAUUUUGCAGCAGAUAAACCACUAGUUUUAGAUGAUCUCCUAUUCCCAAUAGCAGUAACAUAUUUAUCUAACUCUUAACACAUUCCUCCUGAAGGAUUCUGGGACGCAGCGACGAUGAACCAAAGAGAAUCAAGAAGAGUAAAAUGAUUGCAAAAGCUUUUUCAAAGCGAAAGGAAUUGCUGAACAACCCAGAAAGGGAGCUUUCCUUCAGCCUUCACACUGUGUCCCAUGAAGGACCUGUGGGUGAGUCUAGCCUGCUUGAUAUGAUGUCUGAUGAACAACAAUUUAUGGUCUCUCUUAAACAUAAUUUUGUUGAAGAUUAGAUACUUAAAGGGAACUUCAGACCUCUAAAGCACUUCAGCUUUCUUAAGUGCUUUAUGUGUGAAGAGUGUCCUCUUUCUUUCAUUUCACAAAAAAAUGCACAUUUUAUUUGAAAUUGUCACUUUUAUAAAUUAACCUUGUUAUAUCCCCCUGGUUGUCAAUUAGACAACUGAUCCUAUUACUUCCUGCUUUCAUUAGCUCAGUGGAGCUAAACUCAAGAGGCAGCAAUCACUCAGAGCACCUGCCUUACAAAGACUUCUCAUUGAGCUGCAUUGGGAAGUCUGUGAUUGGACAGCCACAGAAAGUCUGGGCGGGGUUAGAUGGGGAUGGCUUGUAAAGACUUUAGACAAGAAACCUGCAACAUUUGCAAGCUGUUUUAGAAAUACCCCCAACAAAAGAAUGCAUAAUUAAAUGCAUGCAUGGUUUUUUUUUAGGGUAUAACUGCUAAACAGUGAUUUUUAGUUAUGGUUUUAUUUUUAGUUUGGCAGUGGCAUGUCCCUUUAGUAAAGAAAGAAAAUAAGUCAUGCAUAUGUUCAUUAAAUAAAUGGUUUCGCAAUUCCUUAAGCUCCCAAGACAAUGGUUGUAUCUUGCAAGUUCGUCACCUCUUGUUGUUAGCAGUUGUAAUAGUUUCUUUCAUGUGUUGUCAUAUCCUCAUAUUAACCCCUUAAUGACAUACAACGUAUAGUGUACAUUGUUGUCAGUGGAGCACUUUUGGUAACAAACCCUGAAAACUAACAGGUUCUGCUUUUUACAAAUAUAUAAUUUUGUGUCGUGCGUUUUAGAUUUUGAGACUGCUGUUGAGGUUUUAGUCUCAGCAGACCUAAUUUUGCAAGGGUUUAGCAAUAAUUAAAUUAUUAAUUUGUUGCAGUAUUUGUCCUAUAACUUAAAAAAAAUUAAAUUCAUUUUAACAAUAAGGACUAAUGAAUUAUUCUACUUGGAGUUAUUUUUAUAACUAGUUGCACUAGUUAAAAAAUUAUUGCAAAAAAUAUAACCAAACUGUGACAAAAAAAAAUCCCCUUUUAAAUAUUUUAUCCUUGCUUACAAGGACACUCUAAGCACAGCUUAAUGUUUUUGUUCUGGGUCAAAAAGAUUUCUGCUGACUCAGUAGUGUUUACAUUGCUGCCUAAUGCCACCUUUAGUGGCUGUCACUCGGGCAGCCACAAAAGAGUCUUCCUGGUUGCAGUCCUGCAAAGAUUGAAGGACAGAUGAGUCAAUGCAUCUCUGUGAGGGGAUUCUUAUUGGCGCAGCAAGGUGAUUGCCGCUCAUGCAUACUAGCUUUCCUGCUGUAUAUAAAUCCCUAUAUAAAUGGUAAUGUUCCAUUUGUUUUGCUUAAAGAGACACCCCAGAUCCCUAAACCUCUAGCUUGCUGAAGUGGUUAAUAUGUGAAGAGUGCGUCCAUUUUUUUUCCCAUUUUUUAAAACCUGCAGCUUUUGCAAGCAGUAUUUAGAUAUACCCCCAAUUCAUUUUUUUAAAUUAAAUACAGGUAAAAAGAGCAAGUUUGGAUAUUAGGGAGGAUAGGAAAAACUCUAGACGGUGUGGAACUGUAAUGGAGAGAACAAGUGAUAAAAGAAACAUUGAAAGUCAUAAGAAAGACACAAAAUGGAUAACUGAAACCAUAGUAGACAAUAAAAAUAUGAGAUUAAAUAAAAACAAUUGUGCUCACAAGAGGGACAUCGUUGUCACCAGAAUGAUCAGGAGAUGGUCAAUUAAGACAACAUCAUGGAUGAAGUGUACUAUGAGAGAGACUAAACACUUAUACAUGUAAAACAAUCAUAUUUCUUUAUAUAAUUCUUUAUUUUUUGUUGUGCAUGGAAUAACAGUAGGCUUGCUUAGCCCAAAUAGCAAUCGCAAGCAGAAUGAUAACAGGCAAACUAAGCAUGACAUGGCAUACGAAUAGACAGCACAAUUUUUUAGUUUAUGAUGAUAGCAGGUAUAGACAGCAAUCAUAUUUCUUUAUGUAUUUAAUCUGAAAAUGUAUGUUGCCUUUUUCUUUGUCACAUAAUCUCUGCAAACCAAUUAUAACAGUGUAGCUAUGUUCGAAUUAUGUAAUGUUGUCGGAGUUAUGUAAGAAAGUCGACCUAUGUGUUUUAAUUUCUGUGUUUUUUUCUCUUUGGAAAUUUUGUAAGGGGUUCCUGAGCUUACAUACUAACAAAUAAUAUUAUGAAUAUAUGGAACAGUAUGUCUCGCCUACGGUUAAAAUUUUUAAUUUUUUGUUAUAACUUUCCAAAAUGUGUCUACUUAUUGUAUGUUUUCAGAUUUCCUACAUAAUCAGGCUAAUCACAAUGUUUAUCCCCAUUGCUUUUAGCUGGACUAAACUUUGACAUUAACGAGCCAUCAGCUGACAUGUCAUCAGCAUGGGCACAGCAUGUCACAAAGAUGGUUGCCAGGAGAGGUGCUAUUUUACCUCAAGACGUGUCUGUCACUCCUGUGGCAACUCCAGGUAAUAUACAUUAAUCCUCAUGCAGUCACAGGUUUGUGUAUCAUAAAGUGCAGCAGUUGUUUGCUUUUGGGACGGGUGGGUGCCAUUGGUAGUUGGUAGAUGUGAGGGAUUGAAAUAUGUUGGGGAAUCAGGAACAUGUAUCCUAUUCUGUAAAAAUCCUACUGACUGACCAACUCCAUUGUGUGAUUCUGCAUGCAAUAGAGUAAGUUAAUGUGAAGCUCAAGUCUUCCUGCAGUUUAAUAGGAAUCAGCACUGUAGCUAAUAGUAAGUCUGAAUCCCAUGACUUCAGGAAUGAGAAGAGCAGGGCUCUUGCACUCUCUCGUCACGUAGGGUGUAGGAAGGAGAGCUUCAUCAUUCAGGAACCUGGAAAGCUGCAGAAAAAGGCUACUUCUGUUUAUAAAAACAUGGUGCAUAUUUUUUUUUAAUUUUCAAUCAGAUGUUAACUUGCUUUAGAAGUUCUCAUCUUGUGCUUUGUAAAUUGAACUAAGUCUAAAAGGCUAUUAAAAGAGAAGGAGAUACGAAAUUCUAAAUUAAACAGACUGUCCAAUAAAGUAAGUUUAAACAUUAGAUCUCUCUUUCUAGGAAGUGUUUAGGAAGACUGUGCAAGUCACAUGAAGGGAGAUGUGACAAGCUGCAUAAACAAAGUGAUUUAACUCCUAGAUGGCAGAGAAUUGAUCAGUGAGAAUGCAGAGGCAUGAUCCAUACACUAAAACUGCUCCACAAAAAGUGUUUAGGGAGGUGUGACUAGGGUUGUAUAAACAAAAUUAUUUAACUCCUUAAUGACAGAGAAUUGAGCAGUGGGACUGCAGGGACAUGACCUAUACACCAAAACUGCUUCAUUAAAUUAAAGUUAUUUGGUGCCUAUAGUGUCCAUUUAAAAUAGCUAUUUGUGAAACCUGUUAACAUAGGCCAACUUGAAGAGUCUGGUUUGAACUAACCUAAGAUAUUUUUUCCCAAUUGACUUGACUUUAAAAAUCGGUUGAUAAGUUAUAUUUUUUUGUUUUGUUUUUUCUAAAGACUCCCUCGUGUCUUUUUGAUAGAAUAGGUUCAUCUCCAUGAAAGUUUGUGCUGACAUUAGCUUAUGUACAUUUAACAAUAAAUAACUCUUGAUUUACUCUCUUAAUAAAUAGCUCAUUUGUCCCUAACAUUAAAAUCUUGAUUUUUUUUAAACGUUGAACUAUUUUGAAGCUGAAUGUUUCUUAUAGCAUUAGUAAUGAAAGUUUCAUAGUGACCUAAAUUUUUCGAUCUAUUAAUAAUUCUAAAAAGGGAUAACCUUAAAUGUUGUUGCCUUUCAGUACCUCCUGAAGAAAGAGAGAGCAUGUGGUUGGUAGAGGGAGACGUGGCUCAUAGGUUAGAGAAAAAAAUGAUGAAGAAGAAAAAGAGGAGGAGGAAGAAAGAAAUACGCCCUGUUGCAGAAACCAGGGGCAUCGAUAAUCUGUCUGCCCGUGCAUCUACCGCUGUACCACGGCUUCCUAAGUUGCCUGCAAAGCCGGGUCUAAUUAGUAAAGCAAGAGAGGCACCUGACAUGGAAGAGGCACUCCCAGGAUUAUACAGGGAGUACAGAAGGUGGCCACCAAUCCAAGGAAAUUUAUAUCUAGGCGAGAACAUGGAUAAUAAUGUGGGAUACAGAAGAUACCAUCAUAGCAAUAACAUAUCUCAUCCUUAUGCCACUGAUGAGACUCCAGAUCAGAGCAGCAUUCGGUUCAUCCCUCCCCCUAGGCGAGAUGGUGUGUUCCUGUAUGCAAAUAGAACACCUCAAUCACAUCACACGGGACCCACAACCCAUAAUGUAGGAACUCAAUCGAGAAGGACAGUUGGUCCCCCGAAAAAUUCCAGGGCAAACCUUAUGGAUGCAGAGCUAAUGGAUACAGAUUCAGAUUUUUAGUGAUCAUGAACACAUAUUGGAUGGGCUCAUAUGUUUGAUGAGAAGCUAGUCAAGAAUUGCGACUUAGUCUUCAGAUUUUUAGAUGUCAUGUUACUGGCAAUCAGGAUGUCCUUAAAAAUAUCUACAGAGAUCCUUGUGGAUACAUGUUAGUGUUGAAGUGUUUUCCAGCUGUUGCUUUGGUUUGUUUGAUUUUUAAUAUGGAUAAAAACCACAAACUGAUGACCAGAGCCAGGAAAGCAAAAUAAUGUCCUUCCUAGGGCUUUAUGAGUUUGUAAUCCUAGUCAUUACUGCUGUGCAGUACUCACUCCUAUGGUACUCUCUGUCCAUUACUCAGAGGUAUUUUGUUAAAUAUGAUGUCACAGACAUAUAUAUGUAUACAUAUAAAUGAGAUUUCCCUUGUGUGCCUUUUGACAAUUGGCUACGGCAGGAUUUGUGUUUUCUCCUCCUGGAUUCCACUUUUAUGUUUUUUCCAUGAGAACUUUGAAUGUACCUUGGAGCUGGGAGUCAGUCUGUAUCUUGGGAUAGCUUUGCUUUGCUGCAUAGUAUGUGACUAAAUUGCGAAGCCUCCAAUUCAGAACACGUCAUUACCUUAUUUUGUAUUUAAACAAGGACUUUCAAAGGCCUUAAUUGAGAUGGAUCCUGUCCACCUUUUACCUGGACAGAGCGUUUACAAAUGUAGGAAUUGUUUCACCUUGUGAAUUUUUUUGAAGUUGUAAAUUCCAGUGUGUAAAUGAUUUUAUCAAGAUAUGGUUUUCAUUAGUUCUGGAUUCCAGUUCUGCUGUUUGCAGUGUUCAUUCAAUGUUAUCGUGUUUACGAGAACAAAAGUCUUUGGGUGAAGUUAGAAUACCAAGUCUUACUGUUUUUGUUUUGUUUUUUUUGUUGUUACUUUUUUAACUUUAAUAUAUUCUGUACAUGCGAUUCUAGUUAUGAAUUCCCUUUUUUUUUGUUAAGGUUCUUCAUUUAGAUCUAAUGCUUUCUCCCAUUGUUGAGUACAAAUAUCAGUUUAAAUGUCCUGUAGUGUUAAAUGUCCAGUAGUGUGCAACUAAACUCAAAGGUCAAUUGCCUAUUAGUGCAUUCAAUUAGUUAUGUCCAGUGCCAGACCUAUACCCUUUGAGUGUUAGAAGUGUGGGCAGCUGAUUGUUUUUCAUAUUUAAAAAAAUAUAUAUAUGAGUCUGAAACGUACAUGACAGAAUUAACAUAACACAUAAAAACAUCUGGGAAACCCAAACUGAAGACUAAGGACCCAGUGGUUAUAAUGACCAAGUACAUUUAUGAAACCUAAAAUAUCCAUCCAUCCAAAUAUCCAUACAGAAUAGCACAAGAGUUGGAAGGCAACGUGAUACAAUAACCACUGGGCUAAUAUCCUCUAUUGCCAUGUAUGCAUACAUUAAGGUAUGCUAUGCUUAUUACAUUUACACUGAGAUACUUGGUAACUGGAUUACUCUCUCUGCAUAUGGAUAUCUGAUCUCUUUUGUCCGUCACCAUAGAAUGGAAUGGAAUCUAACCUGCCAGAUAUCCGUUCUUCUCUUCUCUGUCCCUUCCUGCAUGUUGGUGGUUUCAUUUUGGACAUUUGAAAGCUCAUAGAUAAUUCUACAUUAGCAUUGUGUAUGCCUGUUUUUAUUCCAUUUCAACUUUCUGGAUUGGCUCCUUUUCAUUAUAUCCAUUACAGCCUGAGAUUAGUUUGUGUUCUUUAAGCGUUUUGUGAUGGCCAGUUUAUUUUAUUUAAAUAUUUGUACUCUUUUGCAUAUUUUUGUAAAUAUAUAUUUCUACAGAUAGGCACACAUGAAACUGUUACUAUAUUUCCUUUGCAAGGUUUAGGAUACUUUUAAUUUGCUGCUUGAUAGACUGUAGGAUGCAAUGUAUAAACCCAUGUGGUGUAAUAGUGGUGCAGUGCAUCUCAUCACAUUGUUUGAUUUAUUUUUAUAUGUGUUUAUCUACAGGAUACUAGUCAUCUUCCUCACAUUCAAAGGCAGAAAUCUUUACACUGCACAAUAAGAUAUAUCCAUAAUGUUUACAAUAUACGGGAAAGUUUGUUUAACCCCUUAAGGACGGAGUCAAUUGUACGAGCUAUGACCAAACCAAACCAAAACCUAGAAUUUGAGAUAUAUUAUUGUUCAACCAUAAUUUAUCCCUUCCAUUUUACGCACACCCACGCCUCUUAUAUGUUAUUUUGUUCAAGAGAAACAGCGCUUUCAUUGCACAUCAAAUAUUUAUAUAUGAAAGAUGAUUUAAUAUGCCUAAAAUCUAAAACUAAGUGUAACAAAUUAAGAAAUGUUAUUUUCCAACGUGUGCAUGGCAUUUUAACUGUGAAUGUCAUAAUACUGUUAGCGUUUACUGCAAUAAAAUACACAUAUUUGUAUGCCGUCAUGUUCCACUGGUACAACAGUACCCCAAUGUACAGAAUGCAUGAUGUUUUGGAAAAUUCCAGGGUCAAAUAUAGAGCUUGCAAAUUAAAUUCGCUGGACUUUCUGCGUGAGUUGUAAUCCAGCAUUACAUGUUUGUAAUAAUACAUUAUAUGUAUUAUUAUUUUUUUUCAGUGCAUUUAGAUAAUUUUCCAUAAUUAUGUUUCCUUAUUAAUUCUAUGUUGGAGGAUCUGCCUAACAACCCAGACAGUCCCCCUACAUGUAAUGUUGUAAUCCAGCCGAUCUCAGAGUCAUGGCGUUGGUCCUUCAGUGAUUGCAUGAAGCAGAUGGGUGAGAUUUACUGCAAGGGGACUGUAUUGGUUGUUAGGCUCCCAUAUCGCAUCAGGUGAGGAAAGUGAGUAUUGUUGAUCCCGGGAGGGCCAGAUUGUUAUGGUGUGCUAUGCCGCUCUAAUGGCGUUAACGCCCUUCUUUUGUAGAGCGGCAUAGCACGUCCUAACAUCGUUAAGGGGUUAAACGUCUCCGCUGAUAGCAUGGUCCCAUGUCACCUUUAGCAUCUGCCCAACAUUUUCUAAAUAAAACAGACAAUGUAGUUGCUGAUAUAGGUUAGCACCCAUGUCACAUGUUAUGAUGCUACUCCGGGCUUUGGAAGAGGCAUCAUGGACAAUUUGAAAUAUACUUUGUAAACAUAUAAGCGCUCCGGAAUCUGUUCGCGCUAUAUAAAUGGCAAUAAUAAUAAUCUACUAUCCAGUGGUGUUGCAGUUAAUCAGAUUCUAUUAGCAUCCAAUCUAUUGCAUAGAGAUUAACAAUAAAUUAAAACACCUGCAACUACCAUAGUGCUAUCCUAGGAUUAAAUGUUUUCCAUAAUCAGUAUAGACAUGGUGAUGGUCCAAUAUGGGGUUUGUAUUUUUUUAUAUAACUCCUAUAAUUUCUGUAAGAAAAAAAGUUUAACCUUAUAUCUUGUUAAAACAGGAUUAUUGUGCAUAAUUGCUCUACCAAUUCAAAUUAUAAGAAUUCCUUUACAGUAUUAGGGUUAUUCACUAAUGUGAGAAUUGUCAGGAAUUUAAAGUGAUUUCAACAUGAGCUUCACAUUUAAAACAAAAGUAGCAGAACUGGAAACAUCUGACUUGUAGAAUGUCUCUAGUUUGUUUUGGGGGAGGGGGGGGAGGGGUUGGCCUUAAAUUUUAAUUCCAGAUAAUUCUCAAUUUAAUAAAUAACGCUGUCAGAAUCAAAUUUCAUCUGGACAUAUACCAUUGUUAAAAAAUAAAAUAAAAAUCAAUACUGUUGUUUGAGAACUUGUGUAAAUGCCUGUAGUGUGUAUGUUUUGUGAAUAUGUGCAUAUCGGUUUAUUACGAGGCUUUAUGGUAUACAUUGCAGGAUAUAAACAUCGACCUCACUUGGAGUAUUGUACACAGUACUGGAGACCGUAUCUUCAGAAGGAUAUUGAUACCUUAGAGAGGGUUCAGAGAAGGGCUACUAAACUGGUUCAUGGAUUGCGGGAUAAAACUUACCAGGAAAGGUUAAAGGAUCUUAACAUGUAUAGCUUGGAGGAAAGACGAGACAGGGGGGAUAUGAUAGAAACAUUUAAAUAUAUAAAGGGAAUCAACACAGUAAAGGAGGAGACUAUAUUUAAAAGAAGAAAAACUACCA